GGCGCUCGGAGCGGGGGCCGCGCGCUCCGCACCUGCGGGGGCCGCUGGGCGACGAUGCCGGAGCGCCGGCCCAGGCCGCCCGCCGCCUUCCGAGCCUAGGCGCGGCGCCGGCCCGGGGAUGCCCAUCGCGCUGCUGGCCCUGGUCAUGUCGUCGUCCUUCUUCAACCCCAGCUUUGCCUUCAGCUCCCACUUCGACCCGGGUGAGUCCGCGCGGCGCCCUCCGAGGCGGCCUUGCGGCUGCGGCUGCCCCCCACCUGUCUCCCCACCGCCGACAUGAUGCCGCUGGAGCCACGGUUUCCCAUUUUGCCUGGAAAUUAACCCCUCUCCACCCUGAGCCCCCGCAGAAGAACAGGGACCGGCGAGGACCCACCACAGGUCUGCGGAGGUGGGCAGGCCUUCAGGCUAGCCCCUGCACAGCCGGCUGGCUGGCGGCAUCAUUCCCUGUCUCUUUGGAUGCCUCCCUGGCACAGAUGGUGCUCCACUCAGUGAGCUGUCCUGGUCAUCCUCCCUCGCAGUGGUAGCCGUGUCCUUCUCGGGGCUCUUCACCGCCGUCGUCCUCAUGCUGGCCUGUCUGUGCUGUAAGAAGGGCAGCAUUGGGUUCAAGGAGUUUGAGAAUGCUGAAGGCGAUGAGUACGUGGCUGACCUCUUGGAGCAGGGCUCCCCGGCUGCAGCCACUCAGAACGGCCCCGAUGUGUACGUCCUGCCCCUCACCGAGGUCUCCUUGCCCAUGGCCAAGCAGCCGGGCCGCUCAGUGCAACUUCUCAGGUCCACUGACCUGGGCCGGCACAGCCUCCUGUACCUAAAGGAGAUCGGCCACGGCUGGUUUGGGAAGGUGUUCCUAGGGGAGGUGCACUCGGGCGUCAGUGGCACGCAGGUGGUGGUGAAGGAACUGAAGGCCAGCGCCAGUGUGCAGGAGCAGAUGCAGUUCUUGGAGGAGGUGCAGCCCUACAGGGUCCUGCAGCACAGCAACCUGCUUCAGUGCCUGGCCCAGUGUGCCGAGGUGACCCCAUACCUGCUGGUCAUGGAGUUCUGCCCGCUGGGGGACCUCAAAGGCUACCUACGGAGCUGCCGGGUGACAGAGCCCAUUGCGCCUGACCCCCUGACCUUGCAGCGCAUGGCGUGCGAGGUGGCAUGUGGCGUCUUGCAUCUGCACCGUCACAACUAUGUGCACAGUGACCUGGCCCUGAGGAACUGCCUGCUAACGUCUGACCUGACCGUCAAGGUCGGAGACUACGGCCUGUCACACUGCAAGUACAGGGAAGACUACCUCGUAACUGCCGACCAGCUGUGGGUGCCGCUGCGCUGGAUCGCGCCCGAGCUGGUGGACGAGGUGCACGGCAACCUCUUGGUGGUGGAUCAGACCAAGAGCAGCAACGUGUGGUCGCUGGGUGUGACCAUCUGGGAGCUCUUCGAGUUGGGCGCUCAGCCCUACCCCCAGCACUCGGACAGGCAGGUGCUGGCUUACGCCGUCCGAGAGCAGCAGCUGAAGCUGCCCAAGCCUCAGCUGCAGCUGGCCCUGUCUGAUCGCUGGUACGAGGUGCUGCAGUUCUGCUGGCUGCAGCCAGAGCAGAGGCCCACGGCGGAAGAGGUCCACCUGCUGCUGUCCUACCUGUGCGCCAAGGGCACCACGGAGCUGGAGGAGGAAUUUGAGCGCCGCUGGCGCUCCCUGCGGCCCGGGGGCAGCACCAGCCUGGGGUCAGGCCCCGCUGGCCCCACCGCUCCUGCCGACCUCACAGCGGCCUCGUCUUUCCCGCUGCUGGAGCAGUUCACCGGCGACGGCUUCCACGUGGACAGCGACGACGUGCUGACCGUUACGGAGACCAGUCGUGGCCUCAACUUUGAAUACAAGUGGGAGGCCGGCGCCGAGGCCUUCCCGCCCGUAGGGGGCCCGCCCCGCCCAGGCUCCCCAGCACGCCUGCAGGAGCUGUGCGCCCCUGACGGCUCACCCCCAGGGGUGGUGCCGGUCCUCAGUGCCCACAGCCCCUCAGUGGGCAGCGAGUAUUUCAUCCGCCUGGAGGGGGCAGAGCCUGCCGCUGGCCACGAUCCUGACUGUGCCGGCUGUGCGCCCAGCCCCCAAGCUGUGCUUGGCCAAGCCGACAACUCGGAGGACAGCACCGCUGCCUCUCUUGUCAUGGAGCCGCUGCUGGGCCACGCACCCCCUGCCGGGGGCCUGUGGGGCCCCUGCGACCACCGUUCACGAAGGAGGCCAGAGCUGCCCUGCCCCUCUCGGUCCCCUUCUCCUGGGACCCCGAUGUUGCCAUCUGAAGACAUAGACUGGGGUGUGGCUACCUUCUGCCCACCCUUCUUUGAUGACCCACUGGGUGCAUCACCCUCCUCCGGGAGUCCUGGGGCACAGCUGUCCCCGGGGGACGAGGGGCUGGGGGAGGGAAGGGCCGGGAGGGCUGCCCGCUGUGGGCACUGGAGCUCUAACACGUCGGCCAACAACAACAGCGGCAGCCGGGACCCUGAAUCCUGGGAUCCCGGCUACGUGAGCAGCUUCACAGACAGCUACAGAGACGACUGCUCCAGCCUAGAGCAAACCCCGCGGGCCUCCCCCGAGCCGGGCCCCGCCCUGUCCCCGGAGGACCCCGGAGAAUGUCUGCCUGGGCUAGCAGCAGCCUCCCCGGGGCCCGAGCCAAGCCGCUGCCUCAGCCUGCUUCCUCUGUGUCCUGCCAAAGGCCUGGCACCUGCUGCCUGCCUCGUCACAUCCUCCUGGACCGAGGCGGCUGUCAGCGGGGGGCACAGCCCCCACAUGGAACCCAAACUUGCCCAGGAGGCGGAGGGCCUGGCGGAGCCCCAGCUACCCCUUCCGUCUGUACCCUCCCCGUCCCGUGAAGGAGCCUGGCUUCCCUCGGAGGAGGCGAGUGCUCCCCACAUCCUGCCUGCCUCCCCUACACCCGCUGCUGGCAGUCGGGUGACCGUCCCGGAGCCAGCCCCCACCCUGGACAGCAGCAGCGGUCCUCUGGGGCUCGAGGCACCCAGCAGUGGCCAUGAGGACACCAUGGAGGAGAUGACGUCGGGGGUCUUCACCGACCUGCCCAGCGAUGGCCCCCGCCCCGAGAAGCCAGGCACCACCGUGCCGGCCUUGCAGUGCCUGCAGAAGCAGGCGGGGACCCCCGACUCCCUGAACUCUCUGGACAUCCCGUCCUCAGCCAGCGACAGUGGCUGUGAGGUCUUGAGUGCAUCAACUGCCGGUCCCGCUGGUGGCCAGCCCAGGGCCAUGGACAGUGGCUAUGACACGGAGAACUAUGAAUCUCCUGAGUUUGUACUCAAGGAGGCCCAUGAGGCGAGUGAUCCUGAGGCCUUCGGGGAGCUAGCCUCAGAGGGGGAGAGCCCAGGGCCCGAGACUCUGCUCUCUGCCUCCCUUGGGGGCCUCAGCAAGAAGAACCCCUACCGAGACUCCGCCUACUUCUCAGACCUGGAUGCUGAGUCCGAACCCACCUUUGGCCCUGAGAAGCUCAGUGGGGUCCAGGACUCCGCAGUGGAGCAAGACCUGAAGAGCUCACCUAGCCCAGGACAUCAGUCUGUGCAGGCUCUUCCCAGGCCUGACGAGCCCAGGGAGGUGCUGCCCCCUCCACAGCAGGCAGAGGAGCCCUUGCCCGACCCCAGGCCAGAGCCUCUUGGGGCUCAAAGCCCAGCUGAGGUGCAGCCUGUGCCCAGCCCUACCCGUUCCAAGUGUUUCCUGCUGACCUCAGUCCCUCCGAGCUCUGACCCCGUGGGCCGCCCAGGACAGCUGUCGGGGACGGCUCAGCUGGGGCGGGCGGGGAGUCCUAGCAGACCCAGGUCCCCGCUCUGCCUGGCCCUGCCUGGCCACCCUGGGGCUGCGGAGGGCCGGCCAGAGGACGAAGAGGACAGCGAGGACAGCGAUGAAUCUGACGAGGAGCUCCGAUGCUACAGUGUGCGGGAGCCCAGUGAGGACAGCGAGGAGGAGCCGGCGGUGCCGGUGGUGGUGGCCGAGAGCCAGAGCGCGCGGAACCUGCGGAGCCUGCUCAAGAUGCCCAGCCUGCUGUCGGAGGCCUUCUGCGAGGACCUGGAGCGCAAGAAGAAGGCCGUGUCCUUCUUUGACGACGUCACGGUCUACCUCUUCGACCAGGAGAGCCCCACCCGAGAGGCUGGGGAGCCCUUCCCCACCGCGAAGGAACCUCUCCCCACGUUCCUGGAGGGUAGCCCCGGCUCACCCAGUGCCCCCGGCCUGCCGCAGGGGGCUGACCACUUGCCCGACAGCUCCACUCCUGAACAGGGCCGUUCGUUCGAAUGGGAUGCGGAUUUCCCACUGGUACCUGGCAAGGCGGCCUUGGUGGCGACGCUGGACUCUGGCGACCCUGUCCUGGCCACGCCCCCCACGCCGGCGGCGCCCUUCUCACGUUUCACGGUGUCACCCACACCCGCCUCCCGCUUCUCCAUCACCCACGUAUCUGACGCAGAUGCCCAGUCGGUGGGAGGCCCAGCAGCAGCUGCUGGGGGCCGAUACACAGAGGCUUGAGACCCAGGUGGUCCCGCUGUUCGGAGGCUGGCAUCACUGGAGCCCCUGUCAUCCUGUCCAGGCAGCAGCAAGGAUGGUGACUGGGACUGAAUGGGGACCGUGAGCACUGGAGAAGCAGGCCUGUAUCUAGCCCUGGACGCGUUGGGCCGUGUGCCUCCUCCGUGCUGCCCUGAAGGCAGAGUGUGUCCUGGGUGGACCCGGGUUUGCUGCUAGCCUCUGGAGGUACCUGCAGCCCGAGGGCCUGUGGGUGUCUGUAAGCAUAUACGUACACACUCAAGGAGGACGCCCGGACCCUGGGUGUCUUCUCCAUUCCUGGGCACUCCCCCGACCCCCCACUCCAGCCACUCUUCCUAUACGGCUGGUGGUGGUGAACUGGCCUCAGGCAGGACCAUGCAGCAAGGGCCCGCAUGCCCUGUUGGGUAGGUCCCUGCCAUGUGUUCAAAGGAUCCCCGGCAGGUUUCAAGAUGGCUUUAAGCCUGCAGGUCCUUUUUGCCCCCCCUCCUUUCUUACCCGGGUCUAGGUGUGUUCAGAGCAAAGAUGGACCCUUGGGCUCCAAGCC